AUGGAACUGUCUGUCACAAGCCCCAAUGAUGCUACUGCAGCCGGCCACAAGGCUGAACAGGGGCAAGAGGGUCUCGGCAAGGUAUCUGCUCAUCUGCAAUGGAUGAUCGUGUGCACAAGUUCUCUUAUUAAAAGGAACAAGCAAACACGCAGCAUGGAACCCAACAACCUUAAAGCUCGCAACUCUUUCCGCUACAACGGGCUGAUUCAUCGCAAGACUGUGGGGGUGGAGCCUGUUGCUGACAGGAAAGGAGUCGUCGUGGUCCUCAAGAAGCAUGCAGGCCAGCCACCUCCUGAUGAGGAGAUCACAAUCAACAAAAAUGCACGUGCCAUGCUCAACAGCCUCCACCACAUCAUCCACACGAGCAAUUACCGCAAGGACCUGCACAUGGCUGCCCUGCAUCAUGCAAGCACCAUUUUGCACAGCCAGAAGCCAGUGGUGGUGAAGAAGAAGAGGACCCAGGCUACCAAGACUGCCUAAAAGAGUUGCCAGAUUAUCCAAUAAAGGAU